UCUCUCUAGUUCGCCUCCCCCCAAAUCCGAGUCCGCCGCGCCUUCCCCGAGUCCGCCGCGCCGCGCCCCCCAUCUACCGCGCCUUCAUCCAGCUCCCCCAGUCCAUCGCGCCCUCGGUCUGCCUCCGUCUGCCCCAAAAUCAGCGUAUAAUUCCCCACCCAACCAAACCCUAACACUCUCUUUCUCUCUUGUCCGCCACUCCACUACUCCAGUCUGUCGUGCCCUGGUCUUCUGAGCCUCCGUCUGCUUUCCCCAAGUCUGCCGUACCUCCGGUCUGCCUCCGUUCACGCCUCCUUUGUGAGCCUCCGUCCACCCUGCCAGCAAUCUCUGCCUCGCUCCACCUCGGUCGGCCUCGCUCUGACUUGCACCGCCUGCUCCUGGAAUAUUGACGCCAAAUCCUAGAUUUGUGGCCAUGGCUUCUCUUGCUUGACUUUUAAUCCCGCUAUGUCAUUUCUCUUCUCUAAUAUUGUUCUUCUAAUUUUUAUAUGUUAUAAAUUUGCAAAUUUGGGAUUAAUUCAUGGAUUUUCAUAUUUGGGAUUUGUGGUUUUCAAACCCUAGCUGUGAUGAAGAGAAGAAACGGGUCAGAAAGAUGGGCUAGGGUUUUCCAGACUCCAGUUUUCGCGCGCCUCCACGAUCUGCCGCGCCGCUUCCUUUUCAGACCGCCGUCCGUCUGUCCACUGGCAACUCACGCACACCGCACACACACGAUAACAGUUGCUUCAACGUGGACAUUUGAAGACUUUAAGUCCUCUUUUGGAGAUGACACUGUUUUGUCCUCCAUAUCUGACAUAAAUUUGCAGCUAGUAUUCAAAGAUCUUAUUGAUCGUGCUAAAGAGAAAGAAGAGAAAGAGGUUAAAAAGCGUAAACGUCUAGCCAAAGAUUUCACUGAAAAAUUGAGCACCAUUAAGGAAUUAAAUGUGCUAUCUUCGUGGGAGGAAUGCAAACCACUUAUUGAGGAAAGCUCAGAGUACAGUCUCUAGAGAUGAUGGCAAAUACCUGUCACCUGAUGCUGAUAGAAGAGUACGUAACCUCUAUAGACUUCACAGGUCAGAUGAUGAGAUUUUCUACCAUUCCCAGUUUUAUAGUGAGAAAAAUUUCAAUUUACUCAACUCAUUUGGUUAGAUAAAAGUAUUUCUUGGAUUUCACUUCAACCUUUAUAACUUGCGACUUGAGUGAAAAGUGCGAGAUGUUUACUUUCCAUUCUUAAAGGUUGAACAAUGUUUACUUUCAUAAAUUAUUUCUGUAAAUGCCCAAGUUGAUUUUUUGAAAAUCUAUGAAUUAUCAUGAUAGAAUGUGUUAUAUGGUUUUGUCGCAAAGGUUAUAUGAAUUAUCAUGAUAGAAUGUGUUAUAUGGUUUUGUCUGCGUUACCUUUUUUUUUUUUUUAAUUUGUUGUACUUUGUAAUGUUCUUGAUUGAAGGUGGACUUGACCAUUGAGCUCUUGGAGCUACUCUUUUAUUCCACAU